AUGGCGGACGUCCUGUUCCCCGUGUACAACAACUUCUUCAUCGGCGCGUACCAGGCGUGCGUCAACGAGGCCGCGGAGAUGACGAACUUGUCGGGCGCGGACGCGAUCGAGCGCGACUGCUACAUGUACCGCGCGUACAUCGCGUUGGGGAGCUACCAGAUGGUCAUCGACGAGAUCACGGACGAGUCCGCGACGUCACUGCAGGCGAUCAAGCUCCUCGCGACGCACGCCUCGCGCGCGCACGAGCGCGAAGACUGCGUCGCGCGAGUCACCGAGCUCCUCGCCGAUUCCGCGCUCGCGAACAACCCGUGGCUGCAGCUCUCCGCGGCGCUGAUGCACGCGGCGGACGACAACAUCGUCGAGGCCAUGAAGUGCUGCCACACCGGUCUGUCGUUGGAGCUCAUGGGUCUGAUGUGCCACCUCCUGAUCAAGAUCGACCGCCCCGAGCUCGCGGCGAAGCACCUCGCGGCGAUGCAAGCCGCCGACGACGACGCGACGUUGACGCAGCUGGCGACGGCGUGGGUGAACCUCGCCAACGGCGGCGGGAAGAUUCAAGACGCGUUUUACGUGUACCAGGAGCUCGGGGAUAAGUAUCAGUGGACGUCGAAGCUGCAUAACGGCAGCGCGGUGUGUCAGAUGGCGAUGGGGAGGUACGACGACGCGGAGAAGGACCUCGUGGAGGCGAUCAACAAGGACAGCAAGGACCCGGACACGCUGCGGAAUUUGGCGGUGUGCGCGUUGCACUUGGGGAAGCCCACGACGCGGUUCGUGAACCAGCUGAAGACGCUGACGCCGCGGCCGGCGGCGAUCGAGCAGCUGGAGGCGCUGGAGAAGGCGUUCGAAGUCGCGAACGAGAGUUACGCGGCGGCGCCGGCGGAGGUCGAGGCGUGA